UUCUCGUUGAACUGUAUCGUCGUCGUCGAUCAUGCAAGUAGUAUGGAAUCGUGUGGCAACGUUAUUUAUACAUUGUUGUUGGCGUGUUUUGUGAAACGUAUUUACUAACAUUUUUUUAUAUUUUCGUGUGCUGUUAUUCUGAAAGAAUUUUACAAGCAACAUUUAACUUAAGUUCAAUUCAAAUGGUUGUACAGGUUAUUGUUGUAAAGUGUGCUUUUCAAGAAGGUAGGUUAUGAAUCAUGUCCUACAUUGAAAACCCACCGGUAUCGUGAUUAAAAUUACAAAGUAUACAAAUAUAUUUCCGUAUUUGGGUUAAAGAACUCUGCCUGAAAUAUUCUGUAUAUAACAUGCUAAAUACCAUGAAACAGAUUCAAGAAACUGCAGUUAUUAGUUCAAUGAGGCCGGAGAAUAGUAAGAAUCCUGAAACUCAUGUUUGGAGAAUGAGAAUGGCAGUAUUAUGGAGCCUAGCUAUGCAAUUCAUUUUACUGUUUGUUUUUAUUCUUUUCACGAAUUUAGAUAUAUUCCAUCCUUUUACUUGGAUUGCAAAUUGUUUCCGAACUUUCAUUUCAUUAAGUAUUUGGUUGAAACUCCUAACUCUAGUCGUUGUUAUUUACAUUCAAGGGGAGGUAUGCAAAAAGGACUACGUAACUGGCCCAAUUUACCACUCAACACGAUUCCAAAAGAUAUGUAAAGUGUUUUCUGUUAGAAAUUUGUUGUUGUUGUUAUUACACAUGGUUAUUGGUGCUACUAUAUUUUGGAUCUAUAUUACCAUAUCAGGAAAAUCUUACGAAUCCCUUACAAAACAGUGUUAUGAAAGUACGAUGAAUAAAAACUCUGAAACUUGCCUGGUAGAGAGAAAAUUCUUCUUGAUGUUGGGAGGAAUUUGGCUAGGAAUGUAUUACUUUGCAAAUGACUAUAUGUUUGGAUCAAGAGCUUUAACAUUUCCAUUAAUUCAACAGUAUAAAUUCUACAGAAUGAAGGCUGCAUUGAAACAAAACAUUCAAAAGUCUGUGAAAGAGUCAAUUUUACCUACUGUUACAUUUCUAAUUUUGUACUAUUUAUAUGGAGGUUAUGUUCGAAAUAAGUUCAUUGAAUUGACUUUGUAUAGGCUGGACAGUGAACCUAUUGAUUCAAUUACGGGCCUAAUGAAUAUUAAUCUUGUACUUUCACUGUGGCUGUUUUCUUCAAUUUUCAUCGUAGCACUACAAAUGAUGGAGUUGCUUUUCAAUGUUUACUUAACUGAACACUGUAGCUUUCCUAUUACCUUGGCCACGUCACCUUCACAAAACUGUAUGAGCUUGAUAGAUGCUUUGAAAAAAUCAAACAUCCCCAUAGUGCACCAUCUUGGUUAUCUGGAUUUGUUUAUACUAUCAGCAAAAUGCCAGCAGAAAAGAGAAGAAAUUUUUACUUUAAGUCACCCAGGUGGUCAUCCACAUUCGUGGAAUGGUAUUUUCCUGGAGUGUACAAAUUUAGUAAAACAGUUUACAAGUGAUCUUAACCAAACAUUGAAGGAAGCAACAAGUACUGAAAAAGAAGUAGCCAAACCACUCGCUGAAGAAGUCACAAAUUUUCAUUUUCAUUCCCAUAAUAUGAGGAAACUUGCUUCUCCCAUGGGGAACACGGACAUUGUCAAUGUAAAGCCAAAAGAAUAUCAAAGUGGUGUUGAAAUCGCAUUCCUUCAUGUCCAAAAUUGGUUGAUUACCAAGUUGCAGCAACUGUACAAGAAACCUUAUGUAGCCUAUUUCUUUUUGGAAUCGCCAACGUCUCGUAUAAACUACCUGUUGUGUCAGUGCCAACCAGUGAUCUGGGCAGUGGAGAGUUUAGCAUUUCUUGCUGCUGCGUCUCUGACUGAAGACCGGUAUGGAAUUGUACAGCAAGACUUAUCAGAAAUAAUUACCUUAAUUAUUACCCUAAAACAAGUUCUCGACAAACUUUUUAAACAAAAUCUUAUUGUUAAGAAGUCAUUUCCAAAUGAUCCACUAGAUGUUCAAAUGAAAUACCUCUUAAGGUCGUCUGUAAAGAGAAGUUUAUAUAGGAUUUCUGUCAAUUUUGGUCCCUAUAUCAGAGACCUUAAAUUACCAGUUGAUGUCGAAGUUCAAAUGAACCAUUUCAUAGCAUUCAAGGAGGUAUGAAAAAGUUAAUUUUAAGUUGUCUAAACAACAUAUCUGGUUUUGUUUGUUUUAUAUUCAACUACAAAUUAACUUUAUUAUAGCAAAAUGUUGUUUUAAAUAAUAUGAAGAUUACCAUACUACUUGUUUAAUUUAUUUUGGUUUAGCUAUAAAGAUUUUCUCUUCCAAUUUUGAAGUGUUCACUACAUAGGUAAAUAAUGUAAGUACUGUAUUGCAAUUUAUUAUUAAUCUUAAGCAGUUAAACAUCCAUUUAUUGAAAGCUAAUUAUUAAAACUCAUAUAUUGUGAAAAUUCAAAACUGAGUAUAAAUUUUGUUGUAAUUUAAUUAUAUGUCCCAAAGAAUGUGUUCAUUUAUGCUCAGUUUAGCCGAAAAAUCAUUUUAUAUCGAUUGUACACUGUAAAUUAUUUGAAAUUUGUGUUUGGUAUAAAAUUAAUUACACAAAUUAUAAACAAAGUCCAGACACUAGUAACUGUUCUGAAUAUGUAAGUAUGGGUUUUAGCUAAAAACAUUAGCUUGAGAAUCUAAUUCUUGGUAUUACUAUAUCUAAAGUUUGUAUCUGAUUUUAAUAAUCUGCAGCCAAAUGAGCUGCUAUGUGGUACGGUAUGUAUUAUAAAUCCCUAAAAAAACUCCUAGGCUGUAAUAAACUCAUGAAAUUUUUACAAUUAUGUGAACCUAGUCUACAAAACUGUUACCAUAAGUAAUCGUGACAUUCGUUUUCCUUGUACCAUAUAUGAUCGUAGAUACUAAAAUAUUGAUUUAAGCUUUCCUAGGAUUAAAGAAGUGAAGUGAAGAAAAUUCCUCUUUGUAGAAACCUUGGGUUGAGUGUAUAUAGAUAUAGUCUGGUUAAUUGAAAAUAGUAGGCUAAAGUAAUUAUGUACAGAGCAACUUAAAUUGCUGAAUAUAGACUUCAGUGAUUUUUUCCCUAUCUUAUUUAGAUAUUACUUUCAAUUUUUAAUAAACUUCCAGAAUCAACUUUCUCUACUUAAUCUUUAAUUAGCCUAAUUCAUACUCUAGUUACUAGUAUUUAAUAACAAAAGUCUACCAUGCAAUUUAGUGGCGAUUUUUUAAAUGUAAGCCUCAUCAUAUUAUAUUUUUAUUUUUGCCUUGUCGUUAAUAAAACUAACUGAUUAACACCUUCUUUAUUCUUCUUGAGUAAUUGAAUUUUUGAAAAAAAAAACUUCUUAAAAAACUACAUGUUAAGGCUAUAACAAUUCAGUACCAGAUGAAAGAUACAUUUAAUCUUAUUACAGGUCCAAUAAAAAACCAAAUAUAUCCAUACUCAUGCUAUCAGUCUUAAUAAAUUUUAAAAUUGUCCCCUGCUUAGUAAAAUCUCAAAGUGUUUUAAAAUGUUUAUUUUUCCGUACGGAUUUAUUCUUCUAAAACAACAGAGAUACUUGAUUUUAUAAAAGUUGUUAUUGAUACGAGUUUUAUAUUACCGUUUAUUUAGUCUGACAUAUACUAGGAUACUGUUGUUUUUAAUAAAUAUAUAAAUUUGUUUUAAAUUUAUUUUCUCUAGAUAGGUUAUAACUAAACAAUGUUCAUUAGAAUUUCAACUUGGUGGUGUAAUUAAGAAAACACAAUAGCCUACCUAUUGUUUAAUGUGUUAUGCCUAUAUUAUUUACAAUACUUCAAUAUAAUAUGUUCACCAAAACUCCUCAGUGAUUAGUUAUUUAAUAAUUUCUUUGUAUUUUUAAUGAAGUGUAUUAUAAUAACGAUAACCUAAAUGGUCAAUUAAUAGGUAAAUGCAUACCAUUUCUUUUACUGAUUGAAUUUGUGACGACAAAGAUAUUUUGUUCCGUAACACUCCAGUAAUGAUACUGCAGGGUCUGAAUAAGCCCUUACCACAUUAUUACAUGGGACUUAAAGGGUUAAUAAUAUACAAUGCAUUAUAAGUUUAAACAUUUAAAACAAAUUUACUUAUAGGCAACAAAAAAAAUUUUAAUGGGCAACAUACAUUUUUAAAUACUUAGUCUUUGGUAUUUUAAGUGUUACUUGGGUUUCCAUAAUUCCUAAAAAGAUCUUGUAUUCUAAUAUUUGCUGUAAACAAGAUCAGAGAUACAUAUUUUAUGGUAGAGAGAUGAACUACUUCAUCAAAAUUCCAAAUGUUUAUACAAAGUUCUGUAGUUCAAAACUUGGUGAUCUUAACUUUGUUGAUACCGAUAAUUGUUAUUGUGAACUAAAUGUUAUUUGUGUAAUUGUUAUUUUGUUAUAACACAUGUUAGUUGCGGUUAAUGUCUUAUCAAUAAUCAUUUAAUUAGGCCUAACCUUGUAUAAUAACCUUUACUCAUUGAAUGAUUUAAGAAACAUGUUCAAUCUUCGGUAAUUAUAUAUCAUAAACAAAAAUAUCUGUAUUAAUAAUGACCUGUACUUAUUGUGAUUCAAUCAUAAAAUAGUUUGUAUAGUUUCUAUUUAUUUGGAUAACAGGUCAGUUACUCUGAAGCAAACAAAAUCUGUUGUGUUUUUGUGUUUGAAUGCCUCUUGAGUUUAUAUAAAAAUAUUUUAAACUUUUGAAUUUUGUCUCUUAUAUCUGUUGAUUAUUAGAUUUUCCCAUGGUUCUUUGUUUGAAGGUUAUUUUUGACGAUGGAAGGAUUGUGAAGGAAACAGGAUUUUUCCGGACAUUUGCCAUCGUUCAGUGAAACAAGAAAUCAGUAACACUCCCAUGGUGUUCCCAUGGCAUUCAGAGUGAGCUGUUUUUAAAGAAAUUUAUUAAAAUAUACAUUUAUACCAGUUUUCAUAAUUUUGGUUUUGUAAUAGUUGUAAGUUACGAACAAAUAUUCCUGUUGUAAAACAAAGUACAUUUGACAGUUUGGAUUAUUGGUGAGACAUGAUGGCUAUUAAGAGUAUUCAGUUUGGACCCAAAUGAACAAUUUUAAUUACUGCUUUGAAUGCUUUCUGGUAACAAGAUACUCUAUGUCGUGUUGUUUGCAUUACCAUGUAUGAGCAGGGUUUAGAUGUCAAAAGAUUUAGGAACGGAAAGGUUACUCCUUCACUUUGGUUAUCUUGUAACCAAAGUAAAACUUUGCUAUAGUACGGAAUUAUUUCCCACUUUGAUAAAUUGAUGGUCUCUUGCUACAAACGGUAUUUUUUGUUUACAAGCGAAGUAAAAUUUCUGUACAGUAUAGUCAUCAGUUUCUACUUUGACGAGGUCCUUUGGUGACAAGUGGCAUAUUUUAAGCAAUGUAAAACUUGAAGUAAUAUGGAGGUGUCAGUGUCAAUGUGAUUAAAUACUUAGUUUUUUGUAACAAAUAUCGUCUUGUAUUCUGCAUAACUUGUUUAAUUUGUGUAGGUUUCUUUUGCCGGUAGUGGGUUUUUCACACCGCUCGUGGUUUUCAACAUUUCUGUGAUCUUAAAAAUGCUUAUAAAUCCCUCAUAAACUUAUGUACAACUUAUAAAUUUAUCAUCGGAAACUUGUGUUAAAAAUACUAUUUAACCUUAAAAAUUUCUCCCGAUAUUUAUAAAAAAAUCGGAUACGUUUACAAUUUGGAUGAUAAUUUUGAUGUGUGAUUAAGCCAUUGAAACAAAUGGAAAGAAAGCAUUUUUGUUGGGGAAUAUAUAAAAUAAUCAAAAAAUAUUAGGUGCCAGGCAAAGUAUAUAAUCCACAAAGUUUAUUUUUUUGUGAUUUAUCACUAAGAUAAGAAAUAAGUCCAGGCACUUCUUGAAAAGACAUACGUAAACUCAGUUAUUUUGUAAGCAUUAGCCAUCAAGUACUGUUCAUUCAUUCUGUUCACAAAGGCUCUUGUGCUUUUCAGUUUCUGGAGAAUUCUUUUAUUUCACUGUAGACUACUUAAAUGUACAACUGAUGGUAAAUGGUUAAUAAAAUGAAUAAAUUCAGUAACUUUUCUACGGUUGUGUCAUUGAAAAUAUACUUUGUUUUAAAAUAUAACCAGUAUAAACAUUAGUUCCUUAGUGUUGACAUUAAGAAACUAAUAUAGGCCUAAUGAAAGUAUGAAACUUUGACAUUUACAUAGUAGGAUGUUGGUUUAUUGAUGUGAAUUGAAUGAAUCAUGUAUUUUAUAUAAUUUAUUCAUAUUUGGAAAUUUUAUCAGCCAGUACUGUUUAGCCUGUAAUGUGUGGCGACUUUGCUAUGUAUUAUUACUUUUGUAAAAUAAACCUUUUUAUUCCUUUAA